UUUUCAAAAAUAAAUUUCAAUAGCUUACAUGACCAGGUACCUCCUUACAUUCCAUCACUUUCAUCUGAUAAUGAUGUUUCUAAUUUUCCAAUUCAUGAACGUGUUCGUCCAGCUCUUAAUAUUAAUGAUUUUAAAAAACAAAAACAAUUUUCUGGCAGAGAUCUACCAUUUAUUGGUUUUASUUAUAGUAUGCAAGUAUCAAAACGAAAUCAAUCUUAUUUUAUGACUAACAACCCUGAAUUAGAAACAUCUAUCAGAGUAAAGCGGAAGGAAUUAGAAGAUGCUCAAGUUUUAAUACAAGCAUAUGAAGACAAAUUAGCAGAAUAUGACUCAUUAUUUAUUGAAAAUGAUAGGAAGAUUAAAAAAAUGGAAGAAGAAAAUGUAUUAUUGCAUGUAGAUGUGACUUCCUUGAGUAGUGAACUAGGUAGAUUAACUAAAAUUAGUGAAACUAGUGAUACUAGUCAUGAGGACAUAAAUAAUAUUUCUCAAAAAAAACAAGCASAAAUGGUUAAAAACGAAAUUGAUAAAUGGGAAAUAAAAACAAUAAAUGAGUUGUAUAAUAUUGAGGAAUUAAAAGUACAAAUUGAAGAUUUACAAGCCCAAAACAUUGAAUUACAAUCACAACUAUCCAAACACCAAGAUGACAUUAAAAUAUACCAAAGCAAUGAAGAACAACUCAAUAAAAAAAUUAUAAAGCUUAAAUCUAAAUUAAAGCAUAUUGUUCGUCGAUCAAAACARUUGACUGAAGAAAAUAAUAUUGAUAAUCAUGUUUCUGCGUUGCUAUCUGAAAUGAAAAUUAAAGAAGAUUUAUUUGAAGUUGAAAAAAAUCAAUUAAAAUCUGAAAAUCAAUGUCUUGAAAAAAAAAUAAUUGUAAUGGAAAAAGAUUUAGACAGUUUAAAUUUAAAAAUAGCUCAGUAUACAGAAAAAGAAGUUGCUAUACAAUCUGAACAUAAAAAUAUGUGUCAAAAAAUGGCUUCUGAUUUUGAAUCCAAAUUGAAUUGUAUAACYAAUGAAAAAGAUAAUGAAAUUGAAAAAUUGCACGCGCAAUUAGCUCAGCUGCAACAGCAAAACUGUUGUUUAAACAGUGAAUCAUUACUCUCUUUUGAAAAACAUGAAACAGCGAUCUCCGAAAAAGAAAAUGAAAAAGAGUAUGAAAUAGAGUUGAAGAAUCGAGAACAAGAAAUUCGUGAUUUAAAAUUAGACUUGAGAAUACUGCAAAGAAAAUAUAAAACAAUGGAAGAUAAUAUAAGCAGUCUUAGAGAGUAUCACAAAGAUGCACGAAAUAAUUUCAAGCAGGAAAUUGCUAAACUACAAGAAGAAAAUAGUUUGAAAAUUAAAAAUAAAGAAGAUGAGCUGAAGUUGUUGCAGGAUAAUAUUACAAAUCUCAAUCAAGGAUUAGAAUCAUUACAAUUAAAAUAUGACAAAGAAGUAGCUGAACACCAACGGUUAAGUAAUGAAUUAACUAGAAUAAAUAAUGAGUCAAAGGUCCACAUUAGUGAAAAGUCUGCUCUUGAGAGACAAAUUCUUGAGUAUAAAACUAAAUUUCAUAAAAGUGAAACAAAUAUUAAAACAUUACAAGGAUUAGUUACUGUUCAAGAUGAACAACUUGAAAGCUUUGAAGAAACUAUUCUAACCUUUAAAAACAAAGAAAAACAAUUCUUGGAAGACAUUCAAACCAAACAGUUUGGAAUACAGUGA